CUGGCAUAAACUAGAAUUCAGAAACAUCGCAACCUGGAUUUAAAAAAGAAAGCUAUGUCCUGUUAUUUCACUCCAUGGAAAUUAUCUGCUAUUUUCAUUGGAUCUACAGAAAAUUACUAACUGGCAAUUUCACAUAAAGUGUGGUGAACUAAAAAGAAAAAAAGAUUAUCUAAAUGUGCAAACAUUUUUGGACUAAAAAAUAUAUAUCAAACAGUGGGAUCCAGUGACCAUGCUGGCCAAGAGGCCAGAACCUGCAGGACAAGCAAAACCAGGGAAACUCAUGACCAAAGACAUGACAGAGCAUGGCUGCAGCAGCUCACUGGGUGAAGACCUGAUGCAAGUGCGACAUAUUGACUCAGCCAAUGCUUCGACUUCAUACAACUGCUCCCUACAGCAAGCCAUCUCCAGAGACCAAGAUAAACUCUGCUGGGCUGCUUUGCUCAUUAUCAUGGUCAUUAUAGCAACUGUUGGGGGGAACAUAUUAGUAAUUCUGGCUAUCUCUCUGGAAAGGAAGCUACAAAAUGCUACUAACUACUUCUUGAUGUCCCUGGCAGUAGCUGAUCUGUUGGUGGGAGUGCUAGUCAUGCCCAUUGCUCUCAUUACAGUGCUUUACAAUACACAAUGGCCCCUUCCCCUUUCACUUUGUCCAAUCUGGAUAUUCCUGGAUGUUCUCUUCUCCACAGCCUCCAUCAUGCACCUUUGUGCCAUCUCUCUGGACCGCUACAUUGCCAUCAAAAAGCCCAUUCAACACAGCCAGUUCAACUCUCGAGCAAAAGCUAUAUGCAAGAUUUCAGUGGUAUGGCUUAUUUCUAUAGGAAUUGCAAUUCCCAUUCCAAUCAAAGGCAUUCAAGACCAAACAAACACAAUAACGACUAAUCUUACCUGUAUACUAAAAACAGAUCGCUUUCGAGAGUUCAUUAUUUUUGGUUCUACAGCAGCAUUCUUUGUUCCCUUGGGCAUUAUGAUGGUCAUUUAUCUUCUAACUAUCCAAGCACUAAAAAAGAAGGCUUAUUUACUCAAGUCUAAGACAUCACAGAGGUGCAUGUGGUCAACGGUUUCCACGGUUUUCCAAAGGGAGUUGCCAGGAGGCUCAUCACUGGAAAAGUCAGACAUGCUUGAUGGGAAUAAAAAACAAAUGGCUCACCUCUGUACUGGUGCUAGUGCUGAUGGAGAAGCAAAUUCCAUUCCAAGUAUUAAUACUACAUGUGAGGAAGAAAUACCUAUUAGAAGAAUGUCUGCCAUGGGUAAGAAGUCCAUGCAGAAUAUAAGCAAUGAGCAGAGGGCAUCCAAAGUCCUGGGUAUUGUGUUCUUUUUAUUUGUUAUCAUGUGGUGCCCAUUCUUCAUAACAAAUAUGACCUCAGUACUAUGUGCAACUUGCAAUCAAGAGAUUAUAAGUAGACUCAUGGAGAUUUUUGUGUGGGUUGGCUAUGUCUCUUCUGGCAUCAAUCCAUUAGUCUAUACACUUUUCAACAAGACCUUCCGUGAGGCAUUUAGUCGCUACAUUACAUGCAAUUACAGUGGGACAAAGCCACACAGACUGCAUGGAAAGAGCAAGACCAGAAUCUCUUUCCAUUGUUCUGUAGCAGAGAAUUCUAAGUUCUUAAUGAAGCACAGUAUGAGGAAUGGAAUCAGUAAUAGGACUUAUCAAGGGCCUCUGUGGCGAAAGCCUGUCCCUAUUCAGUCCUCAGCAACUGUUCUUCUGGACACAUUGCUCCUUAAUGAACAUGAUAACAGCAAACAUGAGGAGCAGGUGAGCUGUGUAUAGAUAAUUUCUUUGGUAAUCAAACAGCUCCCACUGAUAACUGUUUUGGUAAUUGCGCGAGUUUGGCCAGACUGUAGUUAGUUAUUUGGUUCUGGAUACAUUUUAGAGGCAUGGAGUUCAAUUAACUCAUUCUGACCAUAGGUGUGAUUAACGACUUUAAAAUAAAAUGUCUAGGUCUGGCUAAGCUUCUAAAAUAAAUGCACAGGUUUAUGCUGUCAACAACAGGAAUGAGUCAGGAGAACACUUUCUUUUUAAGCAUUUCCCUAUAGAAAACAGCUGAUGCCAAGAAGGUGAAAUAUGAAAAAAAGAAUGGGAAGUCUGGUACUGCUCUGAAUCUGUGUUGUGAACCAUGGAAGCUGAUACUUUAUUGAGCAAAAUUGACUCUGGUUAAUUUAACCAAGAUCACACAGUGCAAACUAAAUAAGGUGAUGGGAUUAGAAAUUACAUUUUAAUUAUAAAAAUGAAAAAUAAGGUGUAAUCAUUUAAAUGUAAUUAUUUUCAUAUGUGAUGAUGGAAAGCAUACAUACUACAAGAUUGGUACCAGGAACGCUUAUAA